AUGUCUGCUAUACUGAGUGAUACAGACAAUUUUCAACGUCAGCCAAAUGGUUUAACAUAUUUACCUUAUAACGAUAUCAUCGAUGAUAAUCCAUUUCUGGAUAAUGGAAUAUCAGAGGAAAUUUCAAAACUGUCUAAUAUUCCACUGUUAAUAGUUGAAAAUAAUCAGAAUACUUAUAGUCAUAAUUUACCACAAACCGAUAUACCCUCAUUAUCAUCAAAUCAUUCAAUAUCAAGCAUAAUAACAGAUAAUAACAAUAAUGCAUUAUCAGUUCAGACAUCCAAUAGUCUAGGUGAUCUCAGUUCCACACCAUUAUUAGAUGGUGGUGGUUGUCCACCGUUGGAAUCACCGACUCCAUCAUCAACAGUCGAGCAUCCUAUUCAACAAUCUCGUUCAUUUCCAUCUACAUCUUCGACCACGACCACAACUGACUCAUUGUCAACAUCCUCAAGUCAUUCUUCAUCUGAUCAGAAAAAGACAAAUUAUAUCCUUAUCGAGCCUUCCCUUGAAAUAACAAGUGAGGAUCAACAAGAUAAACAACAACAACAAGUGCUACCACCUGUCAUUAAAUCAAAAGCACCAUCCCCACCCUCAUCUAAAUGUGAUAUUAUCACUCAAAAAUCAUUACCACAAAAUUCUACCGGUGAUUAUCAACAACAACAGGAAUGUUUUCUUCCAACACGAUCUUCGUAUUAUGAGCCUCAAAAAGAUGAAAUAAAUGAAAUGGUUUAUUCUUCUGUCGAAACACGAAUUGCAACACCCCCACGACGACGAGAAAUAAGCCAUCGGCAUGGUAGUGCUGAUAGGUUAUAUCAUCUCGAACGAGAACAACAACGUCAGUCAGAAUAUAUGAAUCGUUCAUCAAGUUCCGCAUUUUAUCCGUUAAAUUAUGCAAAUGUACGUCGAACGACAACAUUUAGUGGUGGUGGGACACAUUAUAAUGAACAACAGCAACAGAUGAUUAUUAAUAGCCUCGAACAUGAGUUACAUUUAACAAAAGAACAACUGAACUCAACAAUCCGAAGUAUAAAAACAUAUUGGAGUCCAGAAUUGAAAAAAGAACGAUUAAUUAGAAAAGAUGAGCAAUUAAAACGUUCAAAACAAGCAGAUAAUCAGGAUUUUUAUGUUCAAACAUUAGAAACUCAGUUACAUCAAUUACAUGAUGAGUUAGAACAGUAUCGUCAACAUCGAUGCCCAGUUCAAGGAUCUAUUGUACAUCAACAACAUCAAGAUGUCGUGCAAGCAACCGAUCAAACAUCUCUAAUAGAAACAUUGAAAAAUAAUGAAAAGAAUUUAAAAGAUAAACUUGAUCAAUUUCAUAACGAUAUACACGUAAAAGAAAACGAAUGUACGACAUUGAAAGCAAAAGUGGAUACGUACGAAAGUAAAGAAAGAGAUUUACAACAUUAUAUAACUAUAUUAAAAGAAUCGAUCAUGAUCAAAGAUCAACAAGUGACAAUGGUACAAUCAGAAGUUAAUGAUCUUCGGACACGUUUGAAAGAAAAAGAUUCAGUCAUUGAAAGUAAAAAUUUAAAAAUUCAAUCGACUCGACUAGAACGACAACAAUCUGAUGCCGAUUUAAUCGAAUCAAAACAACAAUUAGAUAUUAAGGAUAGAAAAAUUAAUUUACUCAAUAGAAAGAUUGAAAAUUUAGAAGAACAAGUAAAAGAUAAAGUAUCUCAAAUAGCGAAUACACGUGCUAAAUUAACAAACACAUACCAGACACAACAAAAUCAAUUAUUUAAUUCAACAUUAAUGCCACAUUUAGAACAAACAUUACAAGAUAAAGAACGACAAAUUGAAAAAUUACGUGAACAAAAACAUACGCUUGACGUUGAACAUCAAGAUGAAUUAGAACAAAUACAAAAAAUAUUAAAUGAUACAAGAGAAAAGUUAGAACAAAAAGAAAAAGAUUAUUAUGAAGGACAAAGUCAAAUAAUAGAACUGAAAGAACAAUUGAAUAAUACUAAAUCACAAUUGACACGUCGAGAAUUAUUGUUACAAACAUUAGAAGGAAGUUUAAAUGAUAAAUAUGAAGAAUAUAAAAAACGUUUUAAUAAAGAACAACAAACACGACAACAACAACAAACAACUCAAGAUCGAAAAGAUUUAGAAAAGUUGAUAUUAGAAAAUAAAACGUUACAAGAACAAUUACAAACUUUUGAGUUAGAACGAAAUCAAACACAACGUGAAAUUGAAUGGAUGCAAUUAGAAUUAAAUGAAACUAAAAUAAAAGAAGAAAAUAUUGAACAACAACAAGAACAAGAACAAGAAGAACAAAUGAAAAAACAACAACAACGAAUUGAAGAAUUAGAAGAAGCUGUUAGAGAAAGUUUACAAAUAACGACGGAAAGAGAAUACGCUAUGGCACAACAAAGAAGAAAAUUAGAGAAUUUAGAAAAACAGAUAAAAACUUUACAAACUGAAGUAGAUCGUUUGAGAGAAGAAAAUCAUGAACAACGUCAUCUUCUAACACAAUGUCACCAUGAUUUGAAUGAACGAAAAAAAGACUAUGAAGCAAGAAUUGAAGAACAUAUUAAACAGUUGGACAAUGCGUUUAUUUCACAACAAGAAAAAUUAUUAGGUGAACUUAGUGAAAAAGAUUCACAAAUAGCUGAUUUAGAAAUGGAUCCACAAGCACAUCGUAUACAAAUAAAUAAAUUAAAUGGAGAAAAACAUCAAUUACAUAAUCAGCUCAAAGAAUUAACUGAAAUUCGUAUGAAAAUUAUCCAAAACCAUAUGGCAGCAAAAGAAUUAGAUGAAAAAGAGCAUUCAUUAAGUUAUCCACCAAUGAAAGACGUUAUCUAUAUAACGUGUCCGAAAUUACAUGAAUGUUUAAAUAAUAUUCCUCAAAUACAAAAACGUUCAUAUUUGGUUGACGGUCUCGUUAGUGCCUAUAAUCUAACAAAGUCAAUGAAACUUGUUAGUCCAUUAUGUGCAAGUGAAAAAGAUCUAUUAACGGCACACGAUUUAGAUUAUUUAAAUUUUUUGAACUUAAUUGGUACUAUUGAUGAUAAUGAUCAAGAACCAUAUCGAGAUGAAAUGAAUUAUUAUAAAUUAGGCUAUGAGUGUCCAUCAUUUCCACAAUUAGCGUCAUAUUGUAAAUGGAUCGGUGGCGCAUCAUUAACAGCAGCGAAAGUUUUGAGUAGUCAACAAACACAAAUAGCGAUAAACUGGUUUGGAGGAUGGCAUCAUGCCAAACGGUCAGAAGCAUCCGGUUAUUGUUAUAUAAAUGAUAUUGUCAUUGCCAUAACUGAAUUACGUAGAAAAUUUGAUCGAAUUUGUUGUAUUGAUUUGGUUUCAAAUUAUCAGUAUGUGAAAAAUGUGAAUUUAUCGAAUGAAUUACCAUUUGAAAUUGUUAAAUUUUAUUGUGAUCAUAUAAUUCCUUCAUUAUCAUCAAAUAUUUAUCGAUUAAAAUUGGGUGGUGAACAAUGUAAUUACAUAUUUUUCAAUUAUUCUCACUUAUUAAAAUCUUUAAUUAAUUUAACAUCAUUGACAUUGGUUAAAAUUAAUACCAAUGUGAUAUUUCAAUUACUCUCUGCCAAACAAUUUCUACAAUUAAUAGAAUUUAACGUUACUAUUGAUGAGAAUGCCAAUGAUAUUGCACCACAUGUUCUAAAAUAUAUUUUUAGCGAUCAAAAUAGAUUGGAAAUAUGUCGUUUAAAUUGUAUUAAUGUUCAUCAGUGUUUGAAAUCUCCAUUAGAUAAUAUUCAAAUAAGAUCACAAUUAAAUAUUCGUCAAUUAUCAAUUGAUUUGCGUGAUCAACGUCUAUUAUUUAUAUUAUUGAAAAACUUACCGUUACUUGAACAUGUUCAUGCUGAUGUAGUUAAUCUAUAUCUAGUUAAUCAAAAUGGUGAAUACACUUCAGAAAUGUGUCCUUCACUGAAAAGUUUUUCAUUGAAUGUUCAAAAUGGAUUAGUUUAUUUCAAUGAUUUAGUAAUGUAUACGAAAAAUUUUGAAAAUAUUACACAUUUCUCUUUAAAUGUAACCGUUGAUCCAUUAUCAAACUCACCGAUGAUCGAUGGACAUUGUCUCAAAGAUCAAUUGUUAGUAUACCUUCCAAAAUUAAAACAAUUUUACUUUCAUAUUCAAUUUAAUAUGUAUAAUCAAUUAAUUGAACAAAAUGAUUUAAUUUCGACAUUUAAGACCGAUUAUUGGGUAAAAGAACAUCAAUGGAAAGUGGGAUGUCAUACGAGAAAUGAUAUAAGGGAUAUGUAUUCAUAUUUUAUUUAUUCAUUACCAUAUCGAUUUAAAAUAUUUCCUCUAGUAUUUCCGGGAAUAAUCAAUAGUACAACAAAUUUUGAAUCGAAUGUCAAUUCAUGGUCAUCUAUUCAAUGUAUUAAACCUUUACAAUCAAUAAAUAUACCAUUAAUGCAAAUGUUGAAUGAUAAAUUUUUACAAUUAACAGAAAUUCAUUUCAUAGGUUAUUGUUAUAUUGAAAAUUUAGAUGAUUUUCUACUAACAUUCAAACGUAUUCAUACACUUGUAUUUCGGAGAAUUUAUGGUCCUUAUGCAUCAUUUAUUAAACAUUUUCUUAUACGUACACCAAAAUUACAAACAUUAAUUAUUAUAAAGGAUCAUUUAAUGGAAAUUAUUGAUGAUCAACAAUUACUUACUAUAUUUAAACGUAUUACAAUGCUCGAUAUCAUUACACAUAUCGAUACUAUGAGUUUAAAAAAAAUUGUUCACGUUUUCACCAAUGUUGAUCAAUUACAAUUAGAGAAAUUGAAAGAUUUGGCGUUAUAG